AUGACGCACUCAUACCAAUACAAACCCCUGCCAGCACAAUGUCACAGCCGCAUAUUGGAACUGUCCCCUUCACCGGACAGGAAUGCUGCUAUCCGAGGCUCCCUCAGGGACAUCAACAUCUACCAGGACUAUGACUAUCGAGCGCUGUCAUAUACUUGGGGCCCGCCAACGUUCACGCAGAAAAUCAUCCUCGACCGAGACGCUUAUCUCAAGAUCACGCCCAGCCUGCACGAUGCUCUGGUCCGUUUCAGGGACCCCCAUCGCGUGGUUCGGCUGUGGGUUGAUGCCUUGUGUAUCAAUCAGGAGGAUGUGGAGGAGAAAGCGCGCCAGAUUCCCAUGAUGGCCGAUAUCUACCGCACCGCCUCCAUGGUCCUGAUGUGGCUUGGAGAUUACCAAUCCGAAGGUUCUUCACUCGACUACAUCAAUGCUGCAUCACGCAAAAUCGAAUUCCCCGGUGUCGCGAAGGACGUUUACCCUCAUGUGCAAAGGCUCCUGGCCUUGAAGUGGUUCACGAGACGAUGGGUCGUGCAGGAAGCAGUUCUCAACACGCAUGUCCAGGUCUACUGCGGCCGGUCCGCGAAUAUGCCCUGGCAGAGACUCAUCGACGUGGUAUUAUAUCUUGUCCGUGUUUCGGGCUCGGUCGGUGGGCUCCGAGUAGUGCAGAUGAUGUCAACUCUGCAAGAGUCGCACCGUGCUCGAACUCAGGCCGGGCCGAUUCCCAACACGGGCAUCCUGGACAUACUCACCUCGUUCUCGAGCCUUGCCUGUGGAGAUGCUCGUGAUUGCAUCUUUGCGCUCGCUGGUCUGGCUUCGGAUGUGUCAAUCCGGCACGGGCCGCGGCCAAGAACAAAUUACAAUACGGACAUUGUUGUGCAGGUCGACUACGAAAAGUCUGUCCAAGAAGUCUACAUUGACUUCGCUGCUAGUCAUCUGUGCGAUCGCACGCGGCUUGGCCGGCUACUACAGAUAGCAAGCCAGCGCUCAGAUGGAACACAUCUCAAAGGCAUCCAAGGCGUAUGCUCAUGGGCUCCGGAUUGGCGGCUGUCACCCGUACGCGGCAGCUUGUCCGGUGGUAUCGACUUUAGGACCUGUAAAGUCCGUGUCGGUCAGGUCAUGAGCGAGCUUCGUAUCGAUUUCUCGCCACCCGUCAAUGGGCAAGCUGAGUCCCUUGGCUACGUGUCAUACUCACGUGUGGACUCUGCAUCAGCUGCUUUCCCUUCUGACGCUUCAGAAGGAGGUAUUGCCGCGUGGGUGCGCAGCGUCUGGCAAAAGGUCAUAGUUGUAACUUGCAAGUUACAAAGGGCGUCAAACCUGAGCGGGACACAAUUGUCGGUCCUCCUUGGCCAAUUCGAACGGCUCGUCACCGAAGAUCCUCACUCACCCUGGCUGCAACUCACCAACGGAAUGUGGCUCGACACCUUCCGCAGCUCGUCAGAAUUCCGACGUAUGGUCCUGGGCGACCGGGGCUCGGUCUAUGUGCCGCCCUCAAGCCCAGACCUGUUCCGAGCAAUUCGGACAAUCAUGUCUGGCCGAUGUCUCCUGCUCGCAACCGUCAUCAGUCCAGAUACCGGGGACACUUCUGGUGUCUCGUCGUUCUCCAAAGCGUCAUCACUUUUCUCGAAAAAGCAUACUCAAGAGCCCAGUAUGCCAUGGCCAGUCAUGGCCAUUGGGCCGUCUCAUUCCCAACCGAAUGAUGUGCUCUGCAGCCCGUCCAAGGUCGAAAUCCAAUGCUUGCCAAACGAUGCAGAGGGGCGUUCGCAUAGCUACUACGAGCACCUCGGCAAGGUCUCCUGCAUUCUACGGCCAUACUCUGGCCCAGGGACGGCGUCCCAUCCGCCUUCGCCACCGCGGACUCCAUCACCAUCAAACACCAGAACUGCAGACGUGCCUAGGUUCUUGUACGUAGGCGAGGUCAAGUCCUACCGCUUAUAUGAGGCGAAGUUCACCGGCAAAUACGACCCGAGAGUUCAGAAGCGGGCAAUCGCGCAACACCAGCAUCGGCUCAACUCGAUCAUCUUGUGCUGA